AUGGCACCACACGCAACAGACUCGGACGUAGAAAUGAGCCACCAGCCUUCUGAACAACACGAGGAGACAGUUCCCAACCAGGUUGGCGACGAAAUGGCUACGCCAGUGAACACAGAUGUCUGCAUUAUCGGUGCUGGACCAGCUGGUCUUAUGCUGGCAUGUCUCCUGGUCCGAUUUGGCAUUCGCACCACUGUCUUCGAUGAGCGUUCGGACCAAACAACGGUCGGAAGAGCUGAUGGCGUACAACCUAAGACGAUUGAGACUAUGCGCAUGCUUGGCAUUGGCAAUGAUCUUAUGCGGCUGGGGAAAAAAAUAUACGACAUCUGUAUUUGGCGGGGAUCCGAUUCGGUUUCAUUGACCCGCGUCGGGCGCGAAACACACUACCCGGAUGGGAUUGUCGACAUACUAGAGCCAUACAUCCUUAUAGGGCAUCAAGGAAUGAUCGAAAAGGCAUUCCUUGAUGAUCUACAUGAACGUGGCGUGGAAGUGGCGAGGUCCUACCAGUUUACGGGCUGUCAGCUGCGUAGUCAAAAUAAAACUUCUGUCUUAGUACAGUCGAGUUACGGAACUGCUCGAGAGCCAAGGUCGAUCGAAGCGAGCUACCUUGUCGGAUGCGACGGAGCCCAUUCUUCAGUUCGCAAUUUCAUCUUGGAAGCCCCCCCGCGUGGCUCCGGAGCAAGCGUUUGGGGCGUUCUGGAUGGCGAACUUGAUACGAACUUCCCGGAUAUCUGGAGCAAGACUGUCAUCUUCUCGGAACAAUACGGCUCGAUACUUAUCAUUCCACGAGAAAGAAACAUGACUAGAUUUUAUAUUGAAAUCAAGGAGACAGCUUCAGCAAAAGACCUCGGUGAAGCGUUCGUCAAGCAACGAGCUCGAGAUAUCCUUAAGCCAUAUCGUCUGGAUUGGCGAUCAGUGGAGUGGUUUGGGAAGUAUCAAGUUGCGCAGAGAGUGGCAGCAAAGUUCACAGACCCGAGCCAACGUCUGUUCAUUGCCGGGGAUGCAAGCCAUGCUCAUUCUCCCAAGGCGGCGCAGGGAAUGAAUACCAGUGUCCAUGAUACAUGGAAUCUGGGCUGGAAGCUGAACUUGGCAGCUCGUGGCAUUGCGAAGCCAGCGUUGCUUGAAAGUUACGAGCUCGAGAGACAGAAGAUAGCGAGAGACCUGAUUAAUUUUGACUAUGAACAUGCAAAUCAAAUCGCUGGGGGGGACGCCGAUGCUCUAGCGAAGAACUUCCGACAGAACAUUCGAUUCAUCUCUGGAGUAGGUGCAGAUUAUGCACCGAACGUUAUCAAUCAAGGGCAUGAUGUCGCAACUGGAGCCGCGCAACCAGGUUGCAAUGUCCCUCCAGCGAAGGCUACUCGCUACAUCGACGCUAACCCCAUCGACAUACAACUCGAUAUCCCCGUACUCGGGCAGUUCAGAGUCUAUGUCUUCCUCGGGGAUAUCACUUCCUCCACCGCUCAGGCAUUUUUAUCGACAUUGAGCUGCGCAGUGCUCUCCGAGAACUCGGUUCUGCAGCAGCUGUCCGAGGCUGCUGAACAGUCCUACGAGAAAUGCCCGAGGCCCUCUGCCCCAGAAGAUGUAUAUACAAAUCCGCGAAGUGAAUGGACGGUAUACCUCGAUGAUGUACCCCAUCUUGAUACCAAGGGCAAAACUUGCACCGAGAAGUGGCUCGGUAGCGUGGGUACCAGCGAGGCAGUCAUCGUUAACGUGCGCCCUGAUGGCUACGUCGGCUCACUCGGAAGAUGGGACACUCGGGGAUUCUCGGGUUCUGUAGCUGCCGAAUGGCUUGGAAAGUAUUAUGGAGAGUUUCUCCAAGUACCCAAGCCUGAUCUAGGGACUUUAUGA